CCUGUUUCGAGCCGAAGUUCGACCCUUCCCAACGCGUUCGAAGUUUUGCCAAUCGCCUCACGCGGUGCUGCCGUCAGCGGGGCGGCCGCGGCCCCCCCCGGGGGGGGGCACCGCGCCCCCGCCGGCCAUGGCGAGGCGCGGCGGCUUCGAGGCUUACGGCCACCCGGCCAAGCGCGCCCGCCACGACGGCACAGGCGACGUCCAGGCGGCGAUCCAGAACUUGCAGAACGAGAUCGCGCGCGCUUCCCCGCAGGAGCUCUCCGCAGCGCUGGCGCCAGCCGGAGGCUCCGCGAAUGCUGGCGGCGCGGCCGCGCUGAGCGCCGUCACCGCUCUGCUUGCGGCCACCCUAGGCGGCGGCGGCGGCAGCGACGUCGUGGGCCUCCUAUCGGGGGCCCUGCAGAGCCUGGCGGGCGGCCAGCAGCAGCAGCAGCAGCAGCUCCAGCGCAGGCCCGUGGUCUCGAUCGGAGGCGCCCGGGUGGGCAGCAGAGGCGGGGGCGAGUCCUUCUAUGACUCAGUCGUCGUGCCGACCAUGGCCGUCGGCUGGCUGAAGGGCCGGCAGGGCGCCAUGAUCCAGGAGAUUCAGAAUCGCAGCGGCGCAGUUGUCGACGUCGACCAGUCGACCAGGGAGACCGGCCAGUGCACUGUGCACCUCCACGGGGAGGUGGAGGGGAAGAAGAAGGCUUAUUGUAUGAUCGUUGCGGAAAUCAUGAAGGUCGCCACGCAGCCGAACAGCGGGGUGGACUGCAGCAACCUUGGCACUGCCAUCCAGAUCAAGAUCGACGCCAGCUACGUAGGUUGGGUAAAGGGUCCGAAGGGCAAGGUGGUCCAGGACGUGACAAACCGUUCCAACACGCGCGUCGAUAUCGACCAGCAAAACGUGGAGCCAGGUACGGCGAUGAUCAAUGUUUUCGGGACACGAGAGGGUGUGGCGCAUGCGAAGGACCUGCUCGCGUUCGAGAUAUCCAAGGUGAGCCCCGACACCGCCGCGGAGAUCAACAGCGCAUCCGUGGCGCAGCUGUCCGCAGGGCUCCUGCCCCCAGGCUCGGAGCUGCUCGCGACGGGCGGUGCCCCGCCCCCGACCGAAGCGCCGUCGCUCAGGCUGCUGCCCCACGAGCAGGAUGUGCCCUCCCAGUUCAGCAGCAUCGUCAUCCCAGCCUCCUACGUGGGCUGGCUGAAGGGCCGGCAGGGCGCGAUGGUCCGGGACAUCGAGGGCAAGAGCGGCGCGGUGGUCGACAUCGAUCAGACGACCAAGGAGCUCGGCCACUGCACCGUGAACAUCAUGGGCGGUGAGGAGCAGAAGAGGACGGCGUACGGCCUCGUCGUCGGCGAGGUGAUGAAGGUGGCCGACCAGUCCGGGGCCAUCGGGGAAGUGGGCUCCCUGGGUGUCAAGGAAGAGAUCCAGAUCGAGGCCAGCCUGGUAGGCUGGGUCAAGGGCCCCAAGGGCAAGGUGGUACAGGAUCGGGACAUCUCCCGGCGCUCUAGCACUCGCAUCGACGUGGACCAGCCCGCCAGCGACCCGAACCACGCCUUCGUCAAGGUCUACGGCACUCGGGAGAACGUUUCUCAUGCUAAGGAGCUGAUUGCAUUCGAGAUCUCGAAGGUCAGCCCGGAGACUGCCUCCGCGAUUACGGGAGGCAACUAUGACAACGUGACGCCCCACCACGCUAUGCCACCCUCAGCUCCCUCCUCGUCGUCUUCAGGCCGUGGCUGCCAGGAUGCCGCCUCGGCAGCGCUGGUCAUCCCAGCAUCCUACGUGGGCUGGCUCAAGGGCAGGCAGGGCGCCAUGAUUCGCGACAUCGAAGCCAGGAGCGGCGCCGCUGUCGACAUCGACCAGACCACCAAGGACCAGGGCCACUGUACUGUAAUGAUCCAUGGCAACGAACAGUCAAAAAAGAUUGCGCAUGGUCUUGUUGUGGCGGAGGUGAUGAAAGUCGCCGAGCAGUCUGGGGAUAGCGAUGCUGUUGCCAGUUAUGGGACAAGGUUGGACAUCAGGAUAGAUUCCAAGUUUGUGGGCUGGGUGAAGGGCCCAAGAGGCAAGGUGGUCCAGGACAUCACCGCCCGGUCCGCAACUCGGGUGGACGUGGACCAGGGACAUCAUGAUCCUGGCCAUGCCACGGUGAAGAUAUAUGGCACUAUCGAGGGCGUCCACGCAGCCAAGGAGCUAAUCGCGCAUGAGAUCUCCAAGGUCAGCCCAGAAGCCGCUGGUGAAAUCAUGGGUGGAGCGCCCAUCCGCGCGCCCCCCCCGCCGGCGCCGACCUUCCGAGGCAGCGGCGGGGGCGGCGGCUUCGGAGGUGGGGGCGACUUUGGGGGGACGGGCGGAGGCGGCAGCAGUGGCCACCUCAGCCAGGGCGGCCAGGCCCUCGGAGGCCAGGGAGGCGGCUGCGGCGUGGGCAGCGACCUUGUCAGCCUGCUCGCCACUGCGCUGGGCAGCGUCCAGCCGCCGCAGCAGGAGCGGGCACAGCUGCAGAGCCUGGGGCAGCGGCUGCCGGUGACCGCCCAGCCGCAGGCGAGCGCGAGCCAGCUCGUGCAGCAGCUGGGCUCGAUCCUCGGCUGCGCGGGCUUUAUGUAGGCCGCCCGCGCUGGCUGGAGUCCGCUCGGGCGGCAGGGGGGCGCGGUGGCUUCGCGUGCUGCCUGCAGGGGCCUGGAGCCUGGAACGCUGGUGCAGACCGCGUGGCCGCGGCCCCGCUCGCGUGAGGUACGCGGUGGUCCUGGCUGGCACGUCUGGGGCGGCUCGCGAUUUCAGGGCGGGGCCGAGAAAAUAUGGGCCCCCCUCCUCGAGCCGUGCGUCAGAUGUGACGCGCUACGAGUAUUGUGCGUAGUCUGUGCUAAAGCAGCUGGGGGGUGCGACGACCCCGCAUCACACUGCAAAAGCCAGAACUAUUUUAGCCAGGAAUGAACAUCAACCAGAGAAUUCCCGUAACUCUGAUAGGUUGUGUC